AUGACUUGCAAUAUCUGCUUCCAAAAAUACAAUUCUUCAAUUCCAACUCUAAUCCCUCGAGUAUUAACAAAAUGCGGGCAUACCAUGUGCCAAUACUGUAUUGUUCAGCAGAUGAGAAAUGGGAAAAUAGUAUGUCCAUUCGAUCGGAAAGUGACCGUUGUUGGAAGCAAGUGUUCCAGUUUGUCCGGAUGUCCACAUAUCUUGUUUUUAGAUCUUGUCGAAUCGCUGCCCAAGAACUUUGCCGUUUUGGAGAUAAUGGACAACGUUUCAACCGGGGAGAAUAGUCUGGAAGGUGGCGUGGAUGAUGAAAAUGGAGCAAGUCGUUAUUGUGAUCAAGAUUCUCAUGAAGAUGUCACAGACGAGGAGGCUCCAAGUGUCCCAGAAGCAGUUAUAGAAGUCUUUAAUCAAAAUAGUUAUCGUGAUGGAGAUUCUGAUUAUGAUUUUGUUGAAGAAGAUGAGCUCAGAGAUGAGGUGGUUUCAGAUGUCUCAGAUCAGGAAGCUUACCAAGAUCCAACAGUUCUAUUAUACUGGACUCGAGAUGAUUUGGUGUCAGAUGUCCCUAAUGAAAAUCUAGCAGCAGAGACUCCAACUCGCUUGAAUCUAUAUCCUGCUCUCACAGAGCACGACUCCGACGCCGAUGCUGAGCUUUUACAAACAGCGAUCGCCCUGUCUAUACUCGAUAAAUAA